AUGAGGGUUUAUUGUAAGAGGAGCAUUUUCUCCCAUCCUUUGGCGUUACCUUUCCGCACCCUACUUCGUACAUUUCCAGUACCGCCGCCUCCGUCGUCUCAUUCACGGCAUAUUCAUUUGCAGUUGCCGGCGGCUGUUUCAGCCUCAUCAUUGUUUAGGAAAACUAGGAUUCGUCUCGUUCUGCGACGCAGUAUUAGCUAUAUCAGUAAUAGUAGCAGCAGAGAAGAAGAGUUAUUGGAAUCAGCGAUGGGAUCUCAUUCGAGUGAAUUGGAGUGGCCGGCCAACCGAGUCAGGGGCACUUUCUUCAAAUUCUUCGAGGAAAAAGGCCAUGUCCACUGGAAAUCAAGCCCCGUUGUUCCUCAUAGUGAUCCUACCCUUCUCUUUGCUAAUGCCGGUAUGAAUCAGUUCAAGCCAAUUUUCUUGGGUACGGUUGAUCCCAGCACUGAGUUAAGCAAACUAACCCGCGCUUGCAAUACCCAGAAGUGCAUCCGAGCAGGUGGCAAGCACAACGAUCUCGACGACGUGGGCAAGGACACUUAUCAUCAUACCUUCUUCGAAAUGCUUGGUAAUUGGUCAUUUGGGGACUAUUUUAAGAGUGAGGCAAUUCAAUGGGCUUGGGAGCUUCUAACUAAGGUGUACAAAUUACCUCAGGAUAGAUUUUAUGCCACUUAUUUUGGGGGCGAUGAGAAACUUGGCCUUCCUGCCGAUUCUGAAGCAAGGGAUAAUUGGCUCAAAUUUCUCCCAUCUGCUCGUGUUUUGCCUUUUGGUUGUAAAGACAACUUUUGGGAGAUGGGAGAUACUGGGCCUUGUGGACCCUGCACGGAAAUUCAUUUUGAUAGAAUUGGUAACCGCGAUGCUGCUUCACUGGUAAACUAUGACGAUCCUACAUGCAUUGAGAUAUGGAAUCUCGUGUUUAUUCAGUUUAACAGAGAGGCUGAUGGCUCCUUGAAAUCUCUACCGGCUAAACAUGUUGACACUGGAAUGGGUUUUGAAAGAUUAACCUCUAUUCUUCAGAAUAAGAUGAGCAACUAUGACACCGAUGUGUUCUUGCCUAUCUUUGAGGCAAUAAAACAGGCAACUGGAGCUCAGCCAUACUCCGGCAAAGUUGGAUCUGACGACAUUGACAAUGUUGACAUGGCAUAUAGGGUUGUGGCGGACCACAUUAGAACACUGUCGUUUGCCAUUGCUGAUGGCUCUUGCCCAGGCAAUGAGGGUCGUGAAUAUGUCCUAAGGCGCAUCCUUCGUCGAGCUGUACGAUACGGUACCGAGGUUCUGAAAGCAGAACAAGGUUUUUUCAAUGGGCUUGUAAAAGUUGUGGUGGAAGUGAUGGGUGAUGUUUUCCCAGAGCUGAAGCAACACGAGAUUAAGAUAAGGGAAAUCAUUGCUGAUGAAGAGGCCAGCUUUGGAAGGACAUUGAUUAAAGGAAUUGAGAAAUUUAAGAAAGCUGCUCAAGAGGUUCAAGGGAAGAUUCUUAGUGGACAGGAUGCAUUUGAUUUAUGGGAUACUUAUGGCUUUCCAUUGGACCUAACUCAGUUGAUGGCAGAAGAAAGAGGCCUGGCUGUUGGCAUUGAAGGAUUCAAUAUAGCUAUGGAUAAGGCAAGGGAAAGAUCAAGGAGUGCGCAAAAUAAGCAAGCUGGUGGUACUGUUGUCAUGGAUGCUGAUGCUACCGCUACCUUGCACCAGAAAGGCAUUGCUCCGACAGACGAUUCAUUUAAGUUUACUUGGUUUGAGGAUCAUGGAAGUGUGGUCAAAGCUGUUUACACAGGAAGUGAGUUCUUGGAAAGUACUAUUCCCCAUGAGGAAGUUGGCAUUGUCCUGGAAACCACAAGUUUUUAUGCUGAGCAAGGUGGUCAGAUAUAUGAUACUGGAGUACUUGAUGGCCCCAAUGGAGUAUUUGAAGUUAGUAAUGUUCAAAUAUAUGGUGGAUUUGUUGUUCAUAUUGGUUCUUUCAAUGGGAAGACGGGCAGAUUAUCCGUUGGUGAUAAAGUUAUUUGUAAGGUCAACUAUGAGAGGCGCAAGCUGAUAGCUCCAAAUCAUACAUGUACACACAUGUUAAAUUUUGCUCUAAGGGAAGUACUUGGUAAUCAUGUUGACCAGAAAGGUUCCAUUGUUCUUCCUGAGAAAUUGAGAUUUGAUUUUUCUCAUGGGAAGCCUGUAAAGCCUGAGGAUCUGAGGAAAAUUGAGACAAUUGUGAAUGAACAAAUUAAGGAUGAAUUGGAUGUUUUCUCAAAGGAAACUAAGCUGGCUGAUGCAAAGAGGGUCAAUGGUCUAAGAGCUGUUUUUGGAGAGGUAUAUCCUGAUCCAGUUAGAGUUGUCUCAAUUGGUCGAGAAGUGGAGGAUCUCCUUACUAAUCCUGAAAAUGAAGAAUGGUUAUCUAUCUCUGCAGAGCUCUGUGGCGGGACCCAUAUAUCAAAUACCCGAGAAGCUAAGGCAUUUGCUCUCUUGUCUGAGGAAGGAAUUGCUAAAGGUAUCCGUAGAGUUACUGCAGUUACCACAGACUAUGCUUUUAAAGCAAUGGAAUUGGCAUCCUCACUUGAGCAAGAAGUAAAUGAAGCAUCCAAGACUGAAGGAAGCAUUCUGGAGCAGAAAGUAACUUCUUUAAAUAGCCGUGUGGAAGGAGCAUCUAUUCCAUCUGCUAAGAAAGCUGACCUCAAGGGAAAACUCUCUGUGCUUCAGAGUCAAGUGAUAAAAGCCAAAAAGAAGAUUGGGGAAGAGAAUAUACAGAAAGCCAUUAAGGUUGCUACUGAAAUGGCUGAAGCUGCUUCAUCAAAUGGAAAGGCAUACUGCAUUGCACAUGUCAGUGUUGGUGCAGAUACUUCUGCACUUCGUGAGGCAGUUGUUGACGUCAUGGAGAAGAAGGGAAUGGCAAUUAUGGUCUUCAGCAAAGAUGAAAGUGUGAACAAGGCUUUGGUCUGCGCUGGGGUACCAGAGCAAGGCGGUAAGUACAGCGAGUUAAAUGUGAAAGACUGGUUGAAGCAAGCGUUGGACCCCAUAAAAGGAAAGGGUGGUGGAGGAAAAGGCGGUCUUGCUCAAGGGCAGGGAAGUGAAGUAUCUCGCAUCCCGAGUGCAAUGGAUGUGGCAGAAUCAUUUGCAGCAUUGAAGUUGACUUGA